UUUUUUUUUUUUUUUUGAUAUCUUUUCCAAUUCCCUCUCUCAGCUUAGACUUACAAACCUAAAAGCUUGAACCUCAACUUUCCACAAUUCCAAUUCCUCUCAUUUUCUUUUCCAAUUCCUUCUCAGCUUGAAUCUCAAUUUUCCCCAAUUCGAUCCUUUUCCGAUUCCAUAUCUAAGCCAUGGAUGUAGAAGAAGGUGCAAUGGAAAGCUCUAUUCUUUCUUCCAUUCUGAAUUCUAUAGAGUCUAACGAGAGAGGAGAAGGGCUUUCCCCAGAAGAUAUUGCUUGGGUUGACUCCUGCCUGAUCAAAGACCCUGAAAGCUCAGAGACUAAUAUGAAUUCUUUGAAAGACGCCUUAUUAGAAAUCUUCAUUUCCCAACCUGAAUUAAUUAACUCCUCUGCUGCUGUAAGCAAUGGUUCUCCUGAAGAAACUGAUGUUGAAAUACUUCCUUCCAGUGAGGAGGCAGACACUGUGCAGUUCCAAGGAAGAACUGAUGAUGAUCUUGUUCUCAUUAAUAAAGAAACCAAAACAAAAGGUGAUGAUCUUCCAAUCAAUUUGAAGAAUAACACUUUGCCAUCAUUAACAUAUGGGGGAAAUUCAUUUUUGCUAACACACACUGAAGGCCUGGAAGAGAGUGGAAGUAGUGGGUCAAAGCUUGAUUUGGGCUCCCCAACUUAUGAGUUGGAGCCUUCAAAUGUGGAUGAUAUGUUUCUUGCUAAUGAAGAAGAAAAAACAAAAGGUGAUGAUCUUCCAAUCAAGUUGGGGAAUAACACUUUGCAGUCAUUUACAUAUGGGGGAAAUUCAUUUUUGCUAACACACUCUGAAGGCCUAAAAGAGAGUGGAAGUAGUGCAUCAAAGCUUGAUUUGGGCUCCUUAACUAAUGAGUUGGAGCCUUCAAAUGUGGAUGAUAUGGUUCUUUCUAAUGAAGAAGAAAAAACAAAAGGUGAUAAUCUUCCAAUCAAGUUGAAAAAUAACACUUUGCAGUCGUCAACUUUUGAGAGAAAUCCAUUUCUGCCAACUUACACUGAAGGCCUCAAAGAGAGUGGAAGAACUGAAUCCAUGCUUGAUUUGGGUUCUUCAGCUUAUGAUGUGGAACCCUCAACUGAGGAUAUCUUCAGGGUCUGGGAUUUGGACAUUCCAGCCGAGGAUGGUGAACUUGUUAAACAAUUGAACAAGGCCCUAACAGAUAAUUCCUUUGAAUCGAUACCAUCAACUCUUAAUGAUUCAGGGGCAUGGAAAGAUCUGGAAGAACAGUCGGUUGAUAACCUAAUAGCUGGCAUUUCAGACCUAUCUUUAUAUGGAAAUUCUAGUUAAAUGUUUGUGUAGAUGGUCUUUGUUUUCUUCCUCCUCUGUGCUGCUGACAGUUAGAGGCAAACCCUGAAUGUGACCAACCUUUAAGGUACUUCAACAAACUGAAAUAGUUUAGGAGAUUCUGCUGAUGUCUCUAUUGUUGCAGUACCAACUUGGUGAAAUGAUGGUUGGUUUGAAGUUAUGGAUGGUCGAAUAUCUUGCAAACUUCUCUCAUUCUUUUCUUUGCCUCGAGCUCGUGAAUAUUUGAAGGUCAUUUCAUUCUUUAUACUUUGUGAUGAUUCUUCAAGUAGCACCUUAUAUAGUUAAAGUUAUUUAUUUCUUUUUUUUUUUUUUUCGUUGUAAAAAGCAGUUAUUCCCUAUAAUUUACCGACCUGUGGUAGCUUCUUUAUUGUUCCUCCUUGAUCAAGCAUUUCGAUUUUUGAGAA